UGCUUAACGCACUUCUUUUUUUUUGCUUCCGAGAGCAGGUCUGCACGGUUGGCUGGCCCUCGACCUGUAAAUACUCUUUGUUAAUCCCCCCGCCAUUGUUCACAAAAUACCACAAUAUCACCCCGGAAAUUAGAGUACAAGAUGGCCGAUACACCGUCCAACAACACCGCCGCUCCGACUAGUACGUGCAUAUAUAUAUGACUACCUCCCAUGGACCCCUCCCUUCUUUAUCCAGCCGCCCACAAACUGCCGUUCCGGACUAACCCAACCUCUCUGCCCACAGACAACCCGGAAUCUGAAUCUCCUGCGGUGCAGGACACACCCGCCGAGGACCCGGUAGAAACACAGCCGACCGAAGAGGAUGUCGAGCAGCCUGAUGAUUCCCCCUUCCUCGUGAAGAUCGUCCUGCCCCACGAUGCCCAACCGUUGGAGCUUCCCGUGUCCCCGCUAGAGCAAAUCCACGAGAUUCGGCAGUCCGUUAUCGAGCACCCGGUCGCCGUGCAAUACUCGUGUUUCCACCUCGAACACAAUGGGCAGCGUAUCAAUGACUUUGUUCAGGUCUCGGACGUUGAGGGUCUCGCCGCCGACUCCGAGCUGCAUGUCGUUGAGGAUCCAUACACUGAGAAAGAGGCGAGGAUUCAUUUUAUUCGGAUUAGAGAACUGAUCGGCGCCGCUGGAGACCGCACCGACACUUCCCAGGGCAUCCUCGCGGGCACUUCGAUCCAUGAUGAUGUCGUGGCUGCCGCUGCCGAGGAGGCCGAGAAGGAGGUCCAGCCCUAUGAUUUUACGGCGACGCCCGAGCUCUCCGUUCUUCUUCCCAAAGAGACGCCGCCUGCGCCUAAAACCGUCAAGUUGAUCACACUGUCGUCGUGGAACCCGCCCCCGGCCCAAUGGAGGCAGAGAGGUCACCUACUCUACCUCGCUAUCACCACGAACGAGGGCGAGCAACACCAUGUGACCGGGCACGCCGGGGGGUUCUUCAUCAACAAUUCGAACAAGGACAGGUUCAACCCGACACCCCGAACUGAUGCCAAGGGCGCCUCGGCUCACUCCCUCUUUACUCUGCUCGACAAAAUUUCGACCUCGUUUUCUAAGGCGUUUGCCGACUUCCAGCAGUCCGCAAACACCAAGGAACCGUUAGCGACAUUCCAAAUCGGCAACACCGUCCCCUCAGCCCCCUGGAUUGUGCCAUCGGCCACCUCGCCGCUGUGCGCUCACAUCUCCGAUCCGACAAGGCCCCAGGAAACGUUCCUACUGGGCGGCGCCGAGAACACGGAUUCGCUGAGGGACUGGAAUGAGGAGUUCCAAUCCGCAAAGGAGCUCCCCAGGGACUCGAUCCAGGACCGCGUUUUCCGGGAACGUCUGCUCGCCAAGCUCUAUGCCGACUACAACGAUGCUGCUGCUCGCGGUGCGGUGCUGGUUGCCCGCGGCGAGGUUGCUCCUCUCAACCCAACCGAAGGCCGGGAUGCCCAGAUCUUCGUCUAUAACAACGUUUUCUUCUCCUUUGGCGCUGAUGGUGUCGGCACCUUCACUAGCGAGGGCGGUGACGAGGCUGCGCGCGUUGCUACCGGAAAGGACGUCCACGGUGUCAAGCUCGUGAAUCAGCUCGAUAUCGAUGGCCUGUACACUCCCGGAACGGUCGUUGUUGACUACAUGGGCAAGCGUAUUGUCGGGCAGAGCAUCGUCCCGGGCAUUUUCAAGCAGCCUGAGCCUGGUGAGAACCAGAUUCACUACGGCGCUGUCGAUGGCAAGGACAUCGUUGCUGCUGACGAGAGCUUUGCGCCUUCCUUCGAGAAGCUCGCACAGGCUCUGCGCGUCAAGAAGCACGCCGUGUGGGACAAGGACGACAAACGGUUCGACCUGGAGGCCAGCGUCGAGAUGAAGGGCCUUCUUGGCACCGACGGUCGCAAGUACGUCUUGGAUUUGUACCGCAUCACGCCGCUGGACAUCGCCUGGAUGGAGGAGAACAGCCCCGCGGGUGCUGAGUACCCCCACCGUAUGACCGUCUUGCGCCCUGAGCUGGUUGAGGCAUUGGGUAAGCAAAAGGCUCGCGACUUUGUCAACGCCGAGUUGCAAAAGCGUGGGGCUUUGAAGAAGCAGGAGGCGGUCGAGGAGACCAAGGAGGAGAAGCCGGAAGAGGAGAAUGCCGAGGAAGCCGAGAAGAAGAGCGAGGAGGCCAAGGCGGAGGGCGAGGAGGUUGAAGCAAGCGAGGAGAAGGACGAGGAAAAGAAGGAUGAGGAAAAGACGGAAAACGAGCGGAUCGACAUGUCGAACUUCAAGUUCGCCUUGAACCCCGACGUUUUCAGCGGCCAGAACCCGCAGACCGACGAGGAAAAGGAAGAGAUGACGAAAGACGAGCAAGAGGUUCGCGAUGCCUGCACCUACCUCCGCGACACCGUCAUCCCCGCUCUUAUUCGGGACCUCAACGAGUCCGAUAUCAGCUUCCCGAUGGACGGCCGCUCGCUGACCUCGCUGAUGCACCGCCGCGGUAUCAACCUGCGGUACCUUGGUAAGCUGGCGUCGCUGAGCGAAAACACUCGGCUGGAGUGCUUCCGUGAAGUCUGUGUCCGCGAGAUGAUCGCGAGAUCGUUCAAGCAUGUGGCUUCCAAGUAUCUUAAGACGCUACCCCUCCCGCUUACUUCGUCCUGCUUCUCGCACCUCUUCAACUGCCUGCUAGGCACAGAGCUGAACGCCAAGCCGGUCGCCGACAUUGACGAGUCUUACCGUUCACUCUUUGAUGAGGCCGAUCUCGCAUUCGAGAAGGUCACGCCCGAGGGUCUGAGGGAAGAAGUCCAGAGCGAGGCUACUCGCAGGUUCCGCUUUGUCCUGCCGGAUAACUGGUGGAGCCAGGUCAGGCAUCUGCAGCUCCUCCGUGAGAUCUCCCUGAAGCUCGGGCUCCAGAUCCAGAUCAAGAAGUUCCGCUUCAGUCAGUCGGCCGAGCCUGAGCCUGCGCCGCAGACCAACGGCCAGCCCCAGGCCGAGCCGGCCACGAAGAAGAAGGGCAAGAAGAAGUCCCGCGAUGGGUCGCCGUCCACCGCGCCGUCGCCUGUUGUUGCGCCGCACACAUUCACCCCUAAUGACUUUGUCAACAUCGUGCCCAUCAUCAAGGACUCGUGCCCGCGCAGCGCGCUAGCCGAGGAGGCUCUUGAGGCUGGCCGCCUGUCGAUCUACCAGAACCAGCGGAAGCUCGGCGAGGACCUCCUCCUCGAGUCGCUGUCUCUGCACGAGCAGAUCUAUGGUCUCGUUCACCCCGAGGUUGCCCAAAUGUACCACACGCUCUCUCAGCUAUACUUCCAGCUCGACCAGAAGGACGCUGCCGUGGAGCUAGCCAAGAAGGCCGCCAUCGUCGCCGAGCGGACAGUCGGCCUCGACUCGGCCGAGACGGUGCUCAACUACCUCAACCUGAGCCUUUUCCUCCACCAGCGCGGCGACAGCAAGCUCGCGCUGGGCUACGCCAAACACGCGCUCGACAUCUGGAAGGUCAUCUACGGCCCGGACCACCCGGACACCAUCACCACCAUCAACAACUACGCCGUCAUGCUGCAGAGCCUCAAGGCGUACCACGAGUCCCGCCGCUGGUUCGAGGAGUCCCUCCGGGUCUGCGAGAAGGUCUUUGGCCGCCAAUCCAUCAACUCGGCCACGCUCCUCUUCCAGCUCGCGCAGGCCCUCGCCCUCGACCAGGACUCCAAGGCCGCCGUGGACCGCAUGCGCGAGAGUUACAACAUCUUCCGCGCCUCGCUCGGGCCCGACGACAAGAACACCAAGGAGGCCGAGCACUGGCUCGAGCAGCUCACCCACAACGCCGUCUCCAUCGCCAAGCAGGCCAAGGACCUGCAGGCGCGCCGCGCCCGCGCCGGGUACCGGUUCGCCUCGCGCGGCGUCAGCGUCGGCACCGGCGCCACCGGCGCCACCGGCGCGGCCGCCACCGAGUUCGCCGGCAAGCCGACCCCGCCCCCGUCCAUGGACGGCCGCACCAUCGACGAGCUCGUGCGCUACAUCGAGGGCACCGACAAGAAGAAGUCGGGCGGCGCGGGCGGUGCCGGCGGCAAGAAGCGUGCCGGCCGUGGUAACCCGAAGAGGCGAGGUGGUGCGGCUGGUGGGAGCGCUUGAGCGGGCGACAUCGUCUAAGGUUGCGCGGUGAU